UUUGCCCUGCGUGUGAAUAUGAAGAACAUAAGGGAAUACGUGGGCUGGUUGUACUAUCAGUACCUGCUCAUGACCGGCAUCUACGUGCUGGAGCCGUGGGAAAAGUCCAUCUUCAACACGGUCCUGUUCACCAUGGUGGCCAUGGUCAUUUACACCUCGUACGUCUUUGUGCCCAUUCACGUGCGUCUGGCGCUGGAGUUCUUCUCGGGACUGAGCCGAGGAGAACGCUGUGAAGCUCAUGAGCUGAAUGUAAGGACAGAUCUGCUGUCAGGCUAGAUCGCUCUUCUGAAAAUGCUUGUUUACUUUUCUACUCAGAAUCAAACCAGUUGACUUAAUAAGACUCAUCGGCUUCUCAAAGUCUUGGAAAGUCAUGGAAACUCCUGUGCAGUUGCGGAUACUGAUGUUUAGCAUUCUGUCAGCGGUCACGUACAGACGAUUGGGCAUCAUCUGCGCAGACCUGUAUGUCGACAACCUGCUGUUUCUCAUUAUCAUCGCUGCUUGACAAAGACAUUUUGAUUACUGAUCUGACCUGACUGUUUAUCCCAAUGCAAAUGAAGAGCUGUCAGAUUUACUUUUCCAUUUAUUAAGAUUUUUGCACAAUGAAUUUAAUAUUUUGUAAUGAUCUAUGCAAUCUUGCAUCUCUAUGUGAACAUAUAAGCAUUUAUUUUAUAAAAAUAAAUCUGCUGCACCUGAUCACACACACACUGUAAAAAAAAAUAUGCAGCAUUAAGUUAAAACAACUAGGCUUUGCAAGUCAAUUCAACCUACUAUUUUAAGUUGACAUAACUUAGAAAAACAAGUGGAAAUUGUUUAACUUAAUUUGUUGAUGCGAACAAAAUGCUGCAUUUUUUUACAGUAUCAUGUUUAGAAAUGUUUGCCACGAUUUGAUUUGAUUGUUUUGGUGGGGCUGUGAUGAUUUUUUUGCAUGCACACACAAUGCUGUAAAAUAAUGGGCUAAACCUGACACAAUGACUCGCUUGUCACAUGUUUGUUUAUGAAAUAUUAAGCUACUAAAUAGUACAUCAAAUACAAUUAACUUCCAGAUACUCUUUCAGUCAAUACCCUUCUUUAUUUAUCAGAUUAUUUCUGAUUUAUUUAUCCAGUGAGUGUACUCAGAUGAUCUUUAGUUAAUUUGAAGUUAUUAAACUGCUGGUCUGACACAUGAUCUCAAACUGAUAUCAUGUCUAGUUUUUAACAGUACUAUAAGUCUCGUGUCUGAUAUUAUGUAUGUAUUUUUCAGAAAUAAACUCAUUUCACUAAAUGU